GAUAAACAGAGCACGCCACGGCAGUAGGACGGAAAAUGUAAGUGAUUCAGAUUGUAGGGGAAUUUGUGUGAUUUGCGAUGUCACAAGCUAAUCAGGUAGACUGCCCGAUUUGUGGAAGCUUUUUCUCGGCUUCUUCCGUGAAUGAGCAUGUAAAUAAGUGCCUGAAUGCGAAGGAAGCUUCACCACCGAACGAGAAGCGAUGUACACCACCUGGAACGAAGAGCCGACAUGAUUGUAGGAACAGCCCUCCUCUGGGAAAAGGUAGUUUAUUGCAAAGAUCGUCUGGUUUCUUUGGCAAAAGGAGUGAAAGAAAAGUUAAUAACUCACUGAUGACAAGUCCUGCGACGGGUACUCUAAAAAGAAGCUUAUCCAACAACUUUUCAAAUUUGGCGGGAAAUUCAGACGCGAAUCCUCCUUCCAAGAGACUGAAGCAAAAUGAAGCACCAAAAACCUCUAAAUCGGAGCCCAAAAGUUCAGAAAAUAAUCCCGGCCUUCCUUCAGGGACAAGUAAUUUCGUCUCUGGCCAUAGUUCAACUUCGUCUUCUUCUGGGAAAAAAGACGGUCAAAAAUCAAAGAACAGCCAGUUUCUGCCACUAGCAGAAAGAAUGCGCCCAAAAACUUUGGCUGAAUAUGUGGGGCAGUCGAAGGUGCUUGGAGAAAACAGUCUACUGAGAACCCUGCUUGAGGCUGAGGAAAUUCCUUCUAUGAUACUUUGGGGACCUCCUGGCUGUGGAAAGGUAAUCAAAACAGGGAUAUUUUUAUUCACUGCCUGGGAGGGGGCACUGGUGGUGGACAAAUCACUGACCCCCAGUCCAUGAACUAUCUUCGUAGACUACAUUAUGGAGUACCCUAAAAUGGACUAUGCCGCUGAAGUUUAGUGAUUUGGGUCAGGAAGCGUUCCAUUUAGGGUCAUCAUACUGGUAAAAAGGACCUGAAACUUGAUUCACACAGUUUCCUUACCCUUAUCACUGAACUUGAGCAGCAUAAUCCAUUUUAGGGUAGUCCAUAUGGGUAGUCCAUGGACUAGGGGGUCAGUCUUUUGUCCUUCACCAGGGGAUCUCCCACUUAAAAGUGAUGGGGAUGCUCAUUGGAAAAUUGAAAUUAAACCCCUAAGAGAGACCAAAGUGGGUGUGGCUCAAGCUUAAACUUACCCCUAAAGGAGGUCAUUGUAAACAGACAUCUUAAUAAGAGCUAGGUAGUUUUUCAUGGUGCUAAAAAUGUUAACCUAGAAUACUUUUACCUUUAAUAGGAUUUCAAAAGCAUUGUCCUAAAUCUCCAGUUUUUUUAAAAUUGUCUUUAUGCACAGCCCUAAGCGUUAACUGAAUUGGCAAAUAUCCUGUCUCAGAUUACAGUAAAUCCUCUAUUAAGUUCCCCCUCUCAAAUAAGCCCAAUCUCUCUAAUAAGCCCCCCCCUUCUUUUCAGGGAAAGAAAGUUAAUAAGCUACUCUCCCCCUUGUUAUUCUUCACUAAUAAAUGAUAGACUGUAUUGAUCAAUCACGACUGUAGAACUUUGUGUGGACUGAACUGAUCCGGGAUGGUUUAUUCACCAACUGAAAGUUCAGAUAUAUUUUUGAUCCUUGGCUACAUGACCUCCAAGCUUUUCCACCUUGUAUUCUAGUUCUUUAUGGAGAACUGAUACCAUCGUCUUUGCUGAAUUAAAUAAGCACCCCCUCUCAAAUAAGCCCCCAUCUCUAGUAAGCACCCCCCCACCUCAAACAUCAUUGUGUUUGAGGUGUUAACAGAGGAUCUACGGUGUCUUUCUUAAGGCAAAACACUUUGGGUGGCCUUCAGACACUUGCAAUAAAAACAUAUUAACCCAUUAUUGAUCCAUUAUUGAUCUUUUGGGGGGAAACCGGCAAACUAAUAAAUUUGGGUUUUCCAUGGUGUAAAAGGAAUUCCAAACUAGAUUUCAAGGAUUCAAUGGUAAGAAGCCAAACUGAAACACACUCUGGAGAACCAUAUCACGUGACAUAAACUUGUCUGCCAAGUGAGACGCUCUGAAAAUUGCACUUGUGUCUCAAUUUUCACUCUUAUUUUGAGGCUACUGGCCCAAAUUGUUUCUGGAACAGCCUUCGGGUUAGUAGAUGUUUUCAUUCCAAGUAGCCUGAAGGGCAACCAACCUUUAUGUUUAAAUGAUAUCCAAUAAUAAAAAUUUAUAUGUUGUACCCUAUAUUCUGGAGAGACCUAUAGUUCAUGAGCCCACAACUUCCAUAUAGGCUUCCUCCUAAUUACCAUUUUGAACAUUUAAAUAAUUUAUUAAGAAUAGUGUCUAACAUCUUUAAUAUAUUAUAAAUUUAUUGGGUAUUGUAUUUUAUGUGGUUAAGGCAAAAUAAAGGAACGAAUGAAUAUGGGAAUAUUCAUUUUGGGCAUUUUUAUUUUGAGGUUUUAUUCACCUAUGCCUUUCCUUUCUCCUUUCUUGUUACAUAAUCUGUAAAAAGUAAUAGUUUAAAAGACCAAAAAGUAGAAUCUAAAGUGCAUGUAUCUUAAUUUAUUGUUUUCUAUCUUCAGACCACUUUAGCACACAUUGUAGCCAACUCAGCAAGACGUAGUAACAAAGCACGAUUUGUGCAGUUGUCAGCAACCACCAGUGGCAUUAAUGAUGUAAAAGAAGUAGUAAAAGUUGCAAAGAAUGAACAGCAGAUGUUAAAACGAAAAACAGUUUUGUUUGUUGAUGAGAUCCACCGUUUCAAUAAACUACAGCAGGUGAUCAUCAUCUUUGUUCAUGACUCUACCGGUAAAAUUGUUUUUCUCAUUUGGAUAUUUUUUGUUACAUGUUUAGGGUUCGUAAAAUCUUGAAAAGGUCUUGAAUUCAGUUAAGGUCCUUGAAAAGUACUUGAUUUCUUUAUUAGGUAUUGAAAAAUCCUUGAAAUUCACUACCUUGAAAUCUCUGUUUACUAUGCAGAAUUCUCUGGCUAAUGUUCGGUAGCCUAUGACAAUUUUUAUUCAGACGUGGGGACUCUUUCAAAAUAUUCUCCUGUAAUGUUACAACUUCCUCUUGCUACUAGAAUUCUUAAUGAAAACCCUGCAACUUAAUCAUUAACUGAAAAAAGCAAGCAGUAGCCUUGGGCAGGCAAAAUUUGAGGACCAUCUGUAGUUCAAGUUUUUUAAGCCUUUAUAAUUUUGUAUAUAAUGGAAUGGGCAUUAAUUUUGAGAACCUUGAAUCACUAGCAUUUUAUCAUUUUCAAUGCAAACUUGAUCUACACAGGAUACAUUCCUUCCACAUGUUGAAAAUGGAACAAUAACCUUAAUAGGAGCAACAACAGAGAACCCAUCAUUUCAGCUCAACAAUGCCCUGCUCAGUCGCUGUAGAGUCAUAGUCCUUGAAAAGCUUUCAACUGAACAUGUGGAGCAAAUCCUAAAACAUGCUCUUGAUAGCCUGGGAGUGUUUACUACCAAGAGGGAUUCCUUGGACACCAGCCAGGUACAUCUCUCAUCUGAGUACAGGUGAGGAGUUUGAAUUAUCUGAAAGCUUUGGUAUUGUGUUUUUCUAAAAUUGGUAAAGCCUGGUUCUCAUAUGCUGCCAACCUACCUGCGACAUGGCCGCUGGAACUUCCUGGGAUGCGGUUCUAAUAUGAAAACAGAAGUGGCCCGCAAUAUUGGUUAUCUCUGUCUUUAUUGCUGGCAUUCCUGAAAAGUUGACUUGGGUUCAACUUCGUAGGCAUGCCAGCAGAAAAAACCCUGCCCUGUGAUGGCCCUUCUUGACAGCAGCAGAGGUUCUCAUUCAUCCAAACAGUAUCCCAGGCAGUACCGGCGAAUGGAGUGAGGACAGACAAUUUAAUCAGACUCUUGUAUUUUUGCCGACUGAGAAUAGCUCCGCUAAUACUAUUGUGGGUAACAUAACUGUAAAUAAUUUUCAAAUGGAAUAAAUUUUUGUCGAAAAUGAAAUUGAAAAUGUGCAAUUGCUAAUUUGUUGUGUGAUUCUUUUGUUAGUGACUAUCAUGUUGUAGUAGAAGAAGAAGCUAUUAAAGCCUUAGCAAACCUCUGUGAUGGUGAUGCCAGGAUUGCACUAAAUGGCCUUCAGCUUGCAGUGCAGUCACAAGUGUCUGCCGUAAAACGUAAGGCACAGAACAAUACUAAUUCAUCCAACAGUAUGUCGUUAUCACUCCAUCAAAAUGGAGAAUGCUUCAAACGUGGAACUCUACCAUCAUAUGCUGCUAAUGAUACUCUCGAGUCCAGUGAAAAGAAAACUGUUUUUGUUAAUGUUUCUCACAUCAAAGAGGGUCUGCAAAGAACUCAUCUGCUUUAUGACAGAAAUGGUGAAGAACAUUACAAUAUUAUUUCUGCAAUGCACAAGUCAAUAAGAGGGGGUGAUGAAAAUGCUGCAUUGUAUUGGCUGGCAAGAAUGCUUGUUGGGGGUGAAGAUCCAUUAUAUGUUGCUCGAAGACUGGUGAGAUGUGCAAGUGAAGAUAUCGGCAAGUGUUUACUUGUUUCACUGAUAAUAGAACUAGAGGAUUAUGUUUCUUAUAGGGAGUAUCGACUGAUGUAUCAAUCGACAUCUCAGUUGACUGGUGGUCAACAUAUCGGUUGCUAAUUUUGUUGAGUCUCGGUCGAGAUUGAAGGAGACUCGAAUGGUAAUCAGCUGUUACAGUCUCUUGGUCAAUAGUUGGUUGUCACUUUGUCGAUCGAUCACUGACAUAUCACUGACAAUUGGUCAAUGUAAUGGCUGAUACCCCAGUCAACUGUUGUUUGACAUGUCAGUCAACUGUUCUUUGACAUGUCAGUCGACAUAUCGACUGUCUCUCCACUGACUCUUGUCUAACACUACUCUAACACUUGACUGAUAUGUUGACUAGCAGACAAUCAAGAUGUCAGCCGAUACAUUAGCCUGCGAAAACGUCUGUUUCUCCUCGCUCUUCGCCGCUGGGGACGUUUCACGCGGAGGAACGUCUGCGACUCAGCAACAGAAAUUCCAUACUGAUGAUGUAAAAUCUGUCCGGAAUCCGGUCAGAAGGGCUGAUUGUUCGACGGAGUAGUUACAUUGUUUUAGGUAUUGUUUGCGAAUGACAGGCAAAAGACAGAAGGCCACAAAAGUCAAAUGUAAACGCGAAGAAUCUCUAACAAAACAGUCAAUAUUUGUAGAAUAUACUCUUCUCUAGAAGAAGCACUUGAAUUUUGCUGGAGCUCGUUGGCAGAUGAACACAACACUUUACCAAAAUCGACCAGAAGACACGUAAAAUUGGACAAAUUUGUAUUUGGAACCCCAUGACUACCGGAUUUAUUAUGUAAACAUUGAUGUGCGUCAUCGGUAUGGAAUUUCUGCUGCUGAGUCGCAGACGUUCCUCCUCGCGAAAUGUCCCCAGCAGCGAAGAGCGAGGAGAAACAGAUGUUUUUGCAGGCUACCGAUACAUGAAAAUAGCCCACGAUUUGGUAACUGAUCAAUCUGGUACAGGGGAUGCCGAUUGUUGGCCAAUACACCACUGAUAUGUUCACUGAUACUCUACUGAUGCUAUUGCGACCAGCUGUUGGUUGAUCUGUUGGCAGACACUUGACUCAUACUCGACUGAGAGUAUAAUGCCACUCAGCCAAUAUAUCAACCGACAAUAAUAUUAGUGGCCGUUAUUUGGCGACCAACAGUUGAACAAGAUGUCAGUCAAUGCCCUAUAUAAGACACAUGAUACAAUUUUGAUUCCCUCAAGUACACUAGUUUUAAUACAGAGGAUUACAAAAGUUGCUUGCCAAUUGGCAUUUGGUGAUCCAUUGACCUUUAGUUGCACCCUAACAGUUUCCUAGCAUCUAAAAUCUAAUAUGCAGCUAGAAAAAUAAUGUCAAAGACUUAAAUAUUCCAUUCAGCAGUUUCUUUCUAUGCCAGCUUCAGGAAGCAGCUGAAUUUUUAAAUUAAAUUUGCAUAAAAAGCACUUAGUCAUUGACAAGUUCUUUAAACUGUUUUGUCUCCUUAUAAAAUAUUCUUCUAUAGUUUCAUGUGACCACCAGUUACACCAAUUUAUUAACUGAUUAUUUACAUCCUAGCAUGUGAAUGAUCAGAUGCACAUAUCAAUAAAUUAAAUUAGUCAGAUCAGCUUGGUGUGAAUCCAUGUUGAUAGGUUUUGGCUGUCUGUGACUAAUCCCCUUUUUGUGGUUAAACAGAAUGCUGGACAUCAUGAGAAGUUGACAAUAAGAGUGAAACCACUAGAGUCUAAUUUAUUGAUAAUAGUUGAACCGCCAUUAAGCGGCUAGUAAUCUUUAAGUCGCGAAAUAAUUGUGGAAAAGAAUGGGAACUUAAAGCUCUAUUAAGUGGCCACCUCUAUUAUAUAAGAGGCUGUGGCCACCUUUAUGGUGUCUCAGCAAGAGUUCUCCCAUUGUUGUGAGCUCUAUUAAGCAGUCAUCAAGCCCUUGAUAUUUUUAGUUUGGCUUUAUUUCAAGAAAAGUACUAUUAUUUCAAGGAAAAUACGAUCCGAGAUAGAAGGUGAUGACUGAUUACGGAGCAGUAUUAAAUGCUGCUCCUGUUGCGUGUUUGUUUCAAAUAAAGUGAUUUUGCUGCUAAAGAUUAUGCUAAUUAAAGACUAACCUUUAUGAAGCGGCCAACCUCCAUUAAUCGACCACUCACCAGCAUCCAGAGGGUGGCUGCUUAAUGGAGGUUCAACUGUAGUUGUUUUGUUUUGUGCAGGUUUGGCUGAUCCACAGGCCUUGAACCAGGCUGUGGCUGCUUACCAGGCUUGCCAUUUUAUUGGAAUGCCAGAGUGUGAUGUAAGUACUCACAAAGUUUUUCCUUGGUUGCUGCAAUCUCAAAUUAACUGUAUUUAUUUAUUCAUCUAUUUAUUUAUUUUUGCCAAAAAGAAGGAAUAUAUGACAUCUGCAGUUGGAAUACAGUACGAUUUUAGUGCAUGGCAGAUAGAUUUACCAUGAGAAAGAGAAAGAAAAAGGGGAGCAUUUUACACAAGUGAGAUAUAAGAGGAAUGGCAUAGAGGCCCCCAGAAACUUCUAGGCUCAUAGAAGAGGUCUCAUCACAUGAUGUUAAAUACAUUAUUAAUAUGUCGGACUAGUAUUGGUUAAUAUAGGUCAAUGUGUCCUGAUGAUGCAGUCUGUGUGGCUCCUAAUGGGGGAUGAAUAUAAUAAGGUGCAUUUUUAAUGAUAAUGAUAUUAACAAAAUAUAAUAAGAAGUGGUUCCCAAGCAAUCAUUUUUGUAAGCAAAGAUAAUGACAGGGUUCGUCUUGCACUUUUGAAACUUUUGAGUUUUUGGAAAAGUCUGGAAAAUAGACAUUAAGUCUGGAAAAAUGGUAAAAAGUCUGGAGUUUUUUUUUUCAAAGCUGCAACAAGUGCUUAAUAAGUGAAUUGUUUUUCUCAUUGUCAAAUCCCAUUUCAAUCUGACCCCUAGCCAAGACAUUUAAUCACACAUAACUCUCAUAUAUCCGCAUUGUACCGUGGUUAUCUGACGUUUGAAGUGCAUCUUGAAAAAAGGUUGGUUGCUACAUUUUUUUAAGGUCUCUAUUGACCACCUAUUUGGUAACCAUGAGUCUGAAUAAAUAUAUUUAGUCUAUUGUUUUGGAAAAAGUCUGGAAAAAGUCUUGAAUUUGGAUCUAAAAAUCUGUACGAACCCUGUAAUGGGUAGGGCAACCUUAAAUGUAGAAACGCUGGGAUUUGGAGGAAGAGAGUUGGUUUAGAAAUUAAUAUUUUGUGCUCUCUUCACAGGUGAUUCUUGCCCAAGCUGCUGUGUACCUUGCCAGAGCUUCCAAGUCUAUAGAAGUGUACAAUGCGUACAGUGAAGCUAAAAAGCUUGUGAAUGGCUGGGAAGGCCCUCAACCAUCAGUUCCAUUACAUAUUAGAAAUGCACCAACCAAACUCAUGAAAGGUCUAGGUUAUGGUGCUGGUUACAAGUACAAUCCUGCAUUUGAUGGACCCGUUGAUCAAACAUACCUACCUCCGGAAGUGCUCGGGGUUGAUUUCUUUGCUUGGAGUAAAAAAGAAAAAAAAUAG